AUGGAAGAGGAUGUUCGGCUGUCUCAUUCAGAGGAGCGCGAUGGCUGCAGCAAUGGCCGUGAGGAGACCGCUAGCGUCGGCUUCUCUCCGCAACAGAAUGGCUCGCUUGGGAAAAGCCAGGUGCGAACAGGUGAGCAGAGCUCAUCACCCUUCCACCGUUUACCUCGCACGGUGAUCGAGCACAUUCUCUACCGCGUUGAUGCAAAUACCUUUGCGUCUCUAGCCCUAUUGAAUCGGAAAUGGCGGCGGAUCUCUGACUCCUCACAAUUAUAUGCACAUCACUUGUCGCAUUGCCUAUCUUUCUCUCUAACGCAGAAAGCCACAUCUGACAUGGCUCGUUCGGACGGUCUUCCAAGCCUUAAACGCAAGUUUAUGGCGGAAAUUCGGCGCAACGCCUUCGAUGUUUUCCUGAGACCCCGCCGGACGUUGAUAAAACUGAUCUCGACAUCCAUGAGUUCGUCAACACCUUUCCCGCAAGGCGAGGCAUUUCGAUUUACCUUCUCGCCCAAUGCCCAGUUGAUCCUUUGCAUAAGCUCUUCAAGAAUUGUGGUCAUCGAUGUUGCUUCCGGUCCAACUGCGGUGGUGAGACACGAACUGAAGACUUGGAGACGUCCAUUGAAUGCUGCCAUUUCGGAUGAUGGCUGCCUUCUGGCAGUAGUCUCUUCCAGUCACCAGGUUCACAUAUACUCUCUCUCCGAUUACGAAGCAACACACAUUCAGGAACUCCAGCUCCAUGAUGUCCCGCGGGCCUUGGCGCUCUGUCCAACGGGGGGUGUUCUUUCCAUUGCAUACGAUGAUAGAAUCGAGGUGUACGCCAUUAGAGAGGGCGCUCUGGCAACGGAACGGCGGGCGGUACGCUGUACGGGAGUUGAUGCAAUGUCGUUUUCGUCGGAUGGGAUCAUGUUACUUGGCACUUCCACUGAUGAGCAGAACAGCGAGCUGGUCACUGUUACAGUGCCAUUCUAUACGGAGCCAGAGGCCGACUCCACGCGGGAUGCUCAAAUACGGAUGUGGACGACCCAGAUUCUCUUCCCUGACGUCCUCCGGGGGUACAGCCAUGCGUGUCUCGUCCCAAUGCAUGCAGAGGGCGAGGGGAAUUGGAUUAUGGGAUUUGACAAAGAGAUUGGAGCAUUUCGAGCAAUUGGGGCCAACAGCGCACAUUCCGGCACGACGUACUUUGUGAACCCUAUGUCUCCAUGUGGGUCGCAAGAAUCGCCCCCUACUAUGCUGCCAACGGUCGACUGCGAGGGCGAGCUAGUCGCCGUAGGAUUCCAGGAUGCUGGGCUUUGGGUUUAUGGGCUACCAGAUCGCCUGGACAUUGCCCCCCGCGCGUCCUCGCACACUGCGCCAAACGAUGGCGAGGAUGGUCAAAUGAUAGAAGAGCUAGCUACUUCUCGGCAAGACAGUUUGAUGAGAUUACAGCAGUCUAUUCUCAGGCCGAAGAUGCUAAUCAGUGGCCACAAAAUGUGUGAGGUACCCGGAAUCACAGCCGCCCGCUGGGUACAACAUCCGACGGGUACGACGACAGAUCGUCGUAGAUUAGCCGCUGUGGCCCCUGGUGGCGUUAACCCUCCGACCAUUGGCGAUGAAGAUGUUCCGGUCGAUGGCGGACGGGUGGUGCUUUUGGAUUUUGAGCGGUCGUGUACAGACGGGGACGUCACGGAGUUCAGUAUCGAGAUUGGAGAGUCCGAACCCAAGAUGCUCAAUGAGCCCAAUGCUAGUAUGGACAUUGCAGUUGAGCUAGAAAGGAGAAGGACACUAUUGAAUCGUGGCCAUCUAUUCUAUGGAAGACAUGCGGCUCGCGAGUCUUACCCAUCAGCCUCUUCGGCUUACCAGCUAUCAACGUUAAAUUUACGCAGGAACAGUUCCUACUUAUCUAGCUCGUCAAAUGAGUUUGGAGAAGGAGAUUAUCCGCCCAUCCCCGAGAGCCCCUAUGAUAACACACAGCCGCGGUCUCAUGAUACGCUGCGCCGUGCUGCCACCGCCGCAGCUUUCAGCCGUGGGCGAUAUAACCCACGGUAUAGAAAUGAAGGCCACCGUGUCUACGAUGAUAGACGAGUUCCCGCACUCUUUCAGAUUCCGCAUGAAAGUGACGCGGAUAACUGGGUGCCCCCUCCACCUCCAUAUUCUCGCGAGCCUGAUGCGCCGCUACCAGAGCAUCUUAGAAGAAGUCUUCUUCCCACGGCGACGAGGGGUGUACCUCAAAUCCACAGGUCCCAGACAACCCGAAUGAGCAGCACAUCAGAGGAAAGCUCAACACUCACGACCUUGCAGCGGUUGAACACUGUCACGGGCUCAAGAUUUUCGUCCCGAAUGAGAAGGAAUACUCGAGAUUCUGAAGACCGAAACCGGCGGCAUAGCAGUCUUGUUCGGUGGAGGGCGAAUUCUCUUGGUCGCCUCCCACGCACCACCGACGAGCCUGACAUACCGCCAGUUCCUUCGGACCUCGAUGCCUCCCCGGAUCGACCGCAAACUGCAGACCAUACACCAUCGCUAGCAAAUCGUCAUAACCAGGCGGUUUCCGUGGUUGAGGAGACGCACGCCCCGGUGCAGGAGUCACCACAUCAAGCCGAUCAGCUUGAACCAGAGGCCGGGAAUCCUACCCAGGAAGAUGCAGUGGAUCAGGAGGACUUCGUACCUGCGCUUCCCACCAUGGCUCCGAAUUUGAACUACCCAUUCUCUCUCUCCUCGCCUAAUCUCCAGGCCUUUGAUUCUCCAUACGAAGGCUCGGAGGUUAUGCGAAACACGUGGCUCCGUCCUGGACAACGCAGAUCGGUUGACCGGCGGUCGCAAUCGCAGGACAUUCGGAUGUCACCAGCCGGGAUUCCACCCUUGAACCGGCGAGCGUCGACCGACCCUACUCUCUCCGUGAGCUCCCAGCCAUCCAACGAUCUGUGGAGAAGGCGGAUUGAAGAAUGGAAUGAGCGAACCGUAUACGAGAGGAGCAAAAAGCGAAGCAAAUGUAUUGUGAUGUAG